UUAUGAAAUAUCAAUAUUCUUACAGAAGAAUGAUUUUAAUUAUACGUUUUUGUAUAUGUUUAGAGGAAAUGGAUGAAAUUUGCGAGGAAAAAAUGUGCAUUCGAGACAGCAUCGACGGUGGAAAGGUCAUCGUCGUGGUAUCACCAGCAGACGCAAAACCACUCGCUUCCAGCGAACAGUUAAAGAAUAAGAAGCUCAAUAGAAACAGCAUGAGUCUUCUGGAUGUUAUCUCUUCUAUGCAUUCUUUCGUAGAGAAGAAUUUCGAUAACGACGAUAAAGAGAAUGUGGCGAUAAAACGCGAUCCCGAUGAAUCGAAGCAAUCACGUGGUAAGCGAGAGGUGGACAAGAUUUUUCCUCAGCAACAGCGGCAGACGCUGGCAAAUCGAUCGCCGAGACGCAAAAGCACCGGUGUGCCGACGUUGUUGUGCAUCGAUGGCAACAGACUUGUGGAUGCAGCGGUGACUGGAGUUAAACGCAAGAUUCCGAGGCCGGCAAAUGCUUUCAUGCUGUUCGCCAAUGAGUGGCGAAGGAAACUCGCUGCGGAGAAUCCUCGAGAAUCGAACAAGGAUAUCAGUGUCAGGCUAGUAAAGCUCUCUUUUAAAAGAAACAUUCAUUUCUGUUGAAUAAACGCGUAACUGGGCAAAGGAUUUUUUUUUGUAAUUUUGAAAAUUAAAUUUCGAGAAGAAAGUAAUUGCGGUAAAGAUCAGAGUGUUUUUGUAAAUCAAUUAUCGAAAUCAUUAGAAGAGCUAUAAAUGUUUAUCGUAUUUAUUUUCUGCGAUCUAUAUCCCUCUUGAGAGAUAAAACUUUGAAAAAAAAAAAAAAAAUUAGAACUUGAAAAUAAUGAUUUUUUUAAUGUUUCUUUAGGCUAGGCGUUUUCUGGAAAAACAUAUCGAAGGAUGUGAAAGAAAAAUAUUUUGCCCUGGCGCGCGAGGUGGACAGAGAGCAUAAGAGAAAGUAUCCCGGUAUGUCCUAUAGAGAUUCCUACAAAUACUUUUUUUUUAAUCUCACAAUCAAAAUCGCAUUUACACGCACCUGAACGAAUCGUCAGAAUUUUCUGAUUUUUCCGAACGUUCCUAGCGCGCGCUGCA